AUGAUUCAACCUCAAACCCAUUUGAAUGUAGCCGAUAACAGCGGAGCCCGCCAAUUGAUGUGUAUUCGAAUCAUAGGAGCAGGUAAUCGACGAUAUGCUUCUAUUGGUGACAUUGUAGUUGCUGUAAUCAAGGAAGCGGUACCAAAUAUGUCUUUAGAAAGAUCAGAAGUGAUUAGAGCUGUAAUUGUACGUACUUGUAAAGAACUUAAACGUAGCAAUGGCAUGAUAAUACAGUAUGAUGAUAAUGCCGCGGUUGUCAUUGAUCAAGAGGGAAAUCCAAAAGGAACUCGAAUUUUUGGCGCAAUCGCCCGGGAAUUGAGACAGUUAAAUUUCACUAAAAUAGUUUCAUUAGCACCUGAGGUAUUAUAA